GCAUAUUUUUAUAAUCUAUGUGAUGAGCGGCGCGAAGGUGGAUGCUUUCGCGGUCGGUCUUUCGCUUCGCCUUCGAUGCCGUGUUCGUACUCGCAGUCACGGAUGAUAUUCCAACGAAUUCUACAUGAAUAGCGAUUAUUUAUAAAUUUCAAGUCAUAAGUGUUAUGUUAUCUAUUCUGCAAGUAGAUUUGAAGACUGAUUUUAAAGUGUUUGUGCUGUGGAUUUGAAUUGGGUACGAUUGGCUACGGUCCCGCAUCCAAAGUGAAAUAUUUUGUGUGUGCCGACGAUUUAUGUGUAUAACCCGGCUAAAAAACCAUUUCUGGACCUAUAAAAGAAGAUAGUUGAGCGUGGCGGCGAGGUAGAGGUUGGUCGCGAUGACGACCGACAUAUCGGUGUCCCGCUGGGACCCGUCCAUCGGCCAUGGUCAGGAGAUCAUCGACGAGUUCGAGUACGAUGGCGGCAAUUCGUCGUCGAGGCUAUUCGAACGAUCGCGCAUUAAGGCGUUAGCAGACGAACGAGAAAGUGUGCAGAAGAAAACUUUUCAAAAAUGGGUGAACUCUCAUUUGGUGCGCGUCGGGUGCCGUAUCAGCGACCUCUAUGUCGACAUGAGGGAUGGCAAGCAACUCAUCAAAUUGCUCGAAGUGCUCUCCGGAGAAAGAUUGCCACGCCCAACAAAAGGAAAGAUGCGUAUCCAUUGCUUGGAGAAUGUGGAUAAGGCGUUGCAGUUCUUGCGCGAACAACGAGUGCAUUUGGAGAACAUGGGAUCCCACGACAUCGUCGACGGAAACCCGAGGCUCAGUCUCGGUCUUAUUUGGACCAUCAUUUUGCGCUUCCAGAUCCAAGACAUCACAAUCGAGGAAACAGACAACAAGGAGACAAAGUCAGCCAAGGACGCUUUACUCCUCUGGUGUCAAAUGAAGACAGCUGGCUACAACAAUGUUAACGUCCGAAACUUUACGACCUCAUGGCGUGACGGGCUCGCGUUCAACGCGAUCAUACACAAGCACAGACCCGACCUUAUUCAGUUUGACAAACUGCACAGAAGCAAUCCCAUGCACAACUUGAACAAUGCUUUCAAUGUCGCCGAAGAGAAACUUGGACUCACCAAGCUGUUGGAUGCUGAAGAUAUCGCCGUCGACCACCCCGACGAGAAGUCAAUCAUCACAUACGUGGUGACGUACUACCACUACUUCAGUAAGAUGAAGCAGGAGACGGUGCAGGGCAAGAGAAUCGGUAAGGUCGUCGGCAUCGCCAUGGAGAACGACAAGAUGAUGCAGGAGUACGAGUCGCUUACCAGCGAUCUCCUGCAAUGGAUCGAGCGUACUAUCGAAGCGCUCGGCGACCGAACAUUCGCGAACUCACUGGAGGGCGUCCGCCAGCAACUCAUACAGUUCGCCAACUACCGCACUGUGGAGAAACCACCUAAGUUUGUAGAGAAGGGUAACCUGGAAGUCCUUCUAUUCACUCUUCAGUCCCGUAUGCGCGCCGCCAACCAGAAGCCGUACACUCCUCGCGAGGGCAAGAUGAUCCACGACAUCAACCGCGCCUGGGAGAGGCUCGAGAAGUCAGAACACGAGAGGGAACUCGCACUCCGAGAGGAACUCAUCAGGCAGGAGAAACUUGAACAACUUGCUGCCAGAUUCAACCGCAAGGCUCAGAUGCGUGAGACAUGGUUGUCUGAGAACCAGCGUCUGGUCAGCCAGGACAACUUCGGCUUCGACCUGGCGGCAGUAGAGGCGGCCGCUAAGAAACAUGAGGCUAUCGAAACUGAUAUCUUCGCGUAUGAGGAACGUGUACAAGCUGUCGUUGCUGUAUGCUCUGAGUUGCAGGCUGAGAGAUACCACGACAUGGAGCGUGUAUGCGCGCGGCGCGACAAUGUCCUCCGUCUGUGGGCGUACCUGCUGGAACUACUGCGCGCCAGACGGGCACGGCUCGAGCUCAGUCUGCAGCUGCAACAGAACUUCCAGGAGAUGCUAUACAUCCUGGACUCCAUGGAGGAGAUCAAGAUGCGUCUGCUGACGGACGACUACGGCAAGCAUCUCAUGGGCGUCGAGGAUCUACUGCAGAAACAUGCGCUUGUAGAGGCUGACAUCAAUGUACUGGGAGAGAGGGUCAAGGUGGUAGUCGGCCAAUCCCAGCGCUUCCUGGAGCAGGAGGAAGGUGGUUACAGGCCGUGUGACCCCGCCAUCACAGUGGAACGUAUACAGCAACUCGAGAACGCGUACGCUGAACUCGUACACCUCGCCGUCGAACGCAGAAAGCGCCUGGAAGACAGCCGCAAGUUGUGGCAGUUCUACUGGGACAUGGCCGACGAAGAGAACUGGAUCAAGGAGAAGGAACAGAUCGUCUCCGUUGAUGACAUCGGACAUGAUCUUACUACCGUGUACCUCCUGAUCUCCAAACACAAGGCCCUGGAGGCGGACGUACAAGCUCACGAACCACAACUCAUGAGUGUCGCCGCGGUCGGAGACGAACUCAUCUCACAAGGACACUUCGGUGCUGACAGGAUACAGGACCGUCUCCGGGAUAUCCUGUCCCAAUGGAACCACCUAUUGGACCUGGUCUCCCUGCGUAAGAACCGCCUCGACGCGGCCGUACGCUACCAUCAACUCUUCGCUGAUGCUGAUGAUAUUGACAACUGGAUGCUGGAUACACUCAGGUUGGUGUCAUCUGAGGAUACCGGUGUUGACGAGGCUCAAGUACAGAGCUUGCUGAAGAAACAUAAGGACGUUACUGACGAACUCAAGAACUACGCCAAUGUUAUUCAGCAACUUAAACAACAGGCGGGCGCGCUGUCCCCGGUGGACGCGACGAGCGCGGAGGUGGUGUCCCGGCUGGGCGCGGUGGACGCGCGCCACGGCGAGCUGGCCGAGCUGGCGCGCCUGCGCAAGCAGCGCCUGCUGGACGCGCUCAGUCUCUUCAAGCUGCUCGCCGAGGCCGACGCCGCCGACCAAUGGAUCGCCGAGAAGGACCGCAUGCUCGACACCAUGCUGCCGCCCAAGGAUAUCGACGAUGUCGAGAUCAUGAAGCACAGAUACGACGGUUUCGACAAGGAGAUGAACGCCAACGCGUCUCGAGUGGCCGUAGUGAACCAACUGGCGCGCCAACUCAUCCACGUCGAGCACCCGCAGGCCGCGCGCAUACAGGACAGGCAGGCUGCACUCAACUCCGCCUGGAGCGCGCUCAGGGAGAAGGCGGAGGGCAAGAAGGACGAGCUGAAGUCCGCCCAGGGCGUGCAGACGUUCCACAUCGAGUGUCGCGAGACUGUCUCCUGGAUCGAGGACAAGAAGAGGAUCCUGCAACAGACAGACAACUUGGAGAUGGAUCUCAACGGUGUGAUGACCCUCCAGCGUCGCCUAUCAGGCAUGGAGCGCGACCUAGCCGCGAUCCAGGCGCGCAUCUCGUCCCUGGAGAGCGAGGCCAACGCCAUCGAGGGAGACCACCCAGAGGAGGCACAGCUCAUACGCGACCGUGUCACCAUGAUCACGGAGAACUGGGAACAACUUACGCAGAUGCUCAAAGAGCGCGAUGCCAAGUUGGAAGAGGCUGGCGACUUGCACCGCUUCCUCCGCUCCGUAGACCACUUCCAGGCCUGGCUCACCAAGACACAGACCGACGUCGCUUCCGAGGAUACGCCAUCAAACCUGGCGGAGGCAGAGAAGCUGCUGUCUCAGCACCAGACCAUCAAGGAGGAGAUCGACAACUACAAGGACGAGUACGCCAAGAUGAUGGAGUACGGAGAGAAGAUUACUGCCGAGCCGUCCACCCAAGACGACCCGCAGUACAUGUUCCUGCGCGAGCGCCUGAAGGCGCUGCGCGAGGGCUGGGCCGAGCUACAACAGAUGUGGGAGAACAGGCAACAACUGCUGGCACAGAGCCUCGAGCUGCAGCUGCUGCAGCGGGACGCGCGCCAGGCUGAGGUCCUACUGGCCCACCAGGAACACAGGUUAGGCAAGACCGAGCCGCCAACCAACUUGGAGCAGGCCGAGAAUAUGAUCAAGGAACACGAGGCUUUCCUUACCACCAUGGAGGCCAACGACGACAAGAUCAACUCCGUCGUACAGUUCGCCAACCGACUCGUCGAGGAGAGACACUUCGACGCCGACAAGAUCCAGCGCAAGGCUGAGAACAUCGACGCCAGGCGCAAUGCCAACCGGGAGAAGGCACUUCAGCAGAUGGAGAAACUCCAGGACCAACUACAGUUGCACCAAUUCCUGCAGGACUGCGACGAGCUCGGAGAGUGGGUGCAGGAGAAGAAUGUCACUGCACAGGACGACACAUACCGCUCUGCCAAGACCAUCCACUCCAAGUGGACCCGCCAUCAAGCUUUCGAAGCAGAAAUCGCGGCUAACAAGGAACGCCUGUUUGCCGUACAGAAUGCUGCUGAAGAGCUCAUGAAGCAGAAACCCGAAUUUGUCGAAAUCAUCUCCCCGAAAAUGUCCGAACUACAAGAUCAGUUUGAGAACCUGCAGACUACUACUAAGGAGAAGGGAGAACGCCUAUUUGACGCUAACCGCGAAGUUCUGCUGCAUCAGACUUGCGACGACAUCGACUCAUGGAUGAACGAACUCGAGAAACAAAUCGAGAACACCGACACCGGCACUGAUCUGGCAUCUGUGAACAUUCUCAUGCAGAAGCAACAGAUGAUCGAGACACAGAUGGCCGUUAAAGCCAAACAAGUCACCGAACUGGAGACUCAGGCUGAAUACUUGCAGAAGACCGUCCCGGACAAGAUGGACGAGAUCAAGGAGAAGAAGAAGUCGGUGGAGCAGCGGUUCGAGCAGUUGAAGGCGCCAUUGUUGGACCGCCAACGUCAACUGGCCAAGAAGAAGGAAGCCUUCCAGUUCCGCCGCGAUGUCGAGGAUGAGAAGCUCUGGGUGCACGAGAAGAUGCCACAGGCUACCACCACAGACUAUGGCAACUCCCUGUUCAUCGUGCAGAUGUUGCAGAAGAAGAACCAGUCGCUCAAGACUGAGACCGACAACCACGAGCCGAGGAUCCUGACUGUAAUCUCUAACGGACAGAAGCUGAUUGAUGAGGGACACGAGGAUACGCCCGAGUUCAAGCAGCUUAUUGAAGAACUUACCGCGAGGUGGCGAGAACUGAAGGAUGCCAUCGAAGAACGCAAGAACAAACUGUCCCAAUGGGAGAAGGCGCAGCAAUAUCUAUUCGACGCGAAUGAGGCGGAGGCGUGGAUGAGUGAACAAGAGCUGUACAUGAUGGUGGAGGACCGCGGCAAGGACGAGAUCUCCGCACAGAACUUGAUGAAGAAGCAUGAGAUACUGGAGCAGGCGGUCGAUGACUACGCGCAUACUAUCAGGCAGCUCGGAGAGACUGUACGACACCUUACUGCUGAUGAACAUCCGCUCAGCGAGCAGAUCUCAGUGAAGCAGUCGCAGGUGGACAAGCUAUACGCUGGUCUAAAAGAUCUGGCAGGCGAGAGACGCGCCAAGUUGGACGAGGCACUCCGACUCUUCCAGCUGUCCAGGGAGGUUGAUGACCUUGAGCAAUGGAUCACCGAGAGAGAACUUGUGGCUAGCUCACAAGAACUCGGACAGGACUACGACCAUGUCACCUUAUUAUGGGAGCGUUUCAAGGAAUUCGCCCGCGAAACUCAAGCGGUUGGAUCUGAGCGCGUGGCCACCGCGGAACGUAUCGCCGACCAGAUGAUCGCUAUGGGACACUCCGAUAACGCUACCAUCGCGCAGUGGAAGGAGGGACUCAAGGAGACCUGGCAGGAUCUGCUUGAGCUUAUUGAGACUAGGACACAGAUGUUGGCAGCGUCCCGCGAGCUCCACAAAUACUUCCACGACUGCAAGGACACGCUCCAACGUGUCAAUGAGAAGGCGCGCGGAGUCAGUGACGAACUGGGCAGGGAUGCCAUCAGUGUCGGAGCUCUGCAGAGGAAACACCAUAACUUCAUGCAGGACCUCAGCACACUGCACCAACAGGUGGAGGCCAUCCGCGCGGAGUGCGCGCGGCUGGGCGCGAUGUACGCGGGCGAGAAGGCGGCGGAGAUCACGCGGCGCGAGGCGGAGGUGCGCGAGGCGUGGGCCGCGCUGUCGGCGGCGUGCGGCGCGCGGGCCGCCAAGCUGGAGGACGCCGACCACCUGUACAGGUUCCUCAACCAGGUGCGCACGCUCACGCUCUGGAUGGACGACGUCGUGCGCCAGAUGAACACCGGGGAGAAACCGCGUGACGUCAGCGGCGUAGAACUCCUAAUGAACAACCACCAAUCUCUGAAGGCAGAGAUUGAUACCCGCGAGGACAAUUUUUCAGCUUGCAUCUCAUUGGGUCGCGAGCUAUUAGCACGACAACACUAUGCGUCCGCCGACAUUAAGGAGAAACUGCUGCAACUGACCAACCAACGCAACGCCUUGUUACGCCGCUGGGAAGAACGCUGGGAGAACCUUCAACUCAUCCUGGAGGUAUACCAGUUCGCCCGCGACGCCGCAGUGGCGGAGGCCUGGCUCAUAGCACAGGAGCCCUACCUAAUGUCACAAGAACUAGGUCAUACUAUCGACGAAGUAGAGUCUCUCAUCAAGAAACACGAGGCCUUCGAGAAGUCCGCCGCAGCACAAGAAGACCGCUUCUCAGCUCUACAGAGGCUCACAACCUUCGAAGUGAAAGAGAAGAAGCGAAGACAGGAGGCUGCCGAGGCUGCAGAGAGGGAGAAGAGAGAGCGCGAGGCUGCGGAGGCCGCGGCCGCCGCCGCCGCCGCGCAGGACGCCGUGGACCGCGCGCAGACUCCCGAGCAACUACCACAAGAGUUGGGCGAGCCGUCCCCCGCCACUCCCCCCGCCACCCCCGUGACCCCCGCGCCCCCGGUGGCCGUCGCUCUCACCGAGACCGACUCUCCGCCCCGACCCUCGACCUCAAAACAGACGCCCGCCAAACCUGCUCGCCUCUCCAAGGGCGCUAGUCCCGCGAGUGAGGACGAGGGCGUAGAGGGAACAUUGGUGCGCAAACACGAGUGGGAGUCCGCCGCCAAACGAGCUUCCAACAGAUCAUGGGACAAAGUGUACGUGGUGGCGAAGGACGGCCGCAUGGCGUUCUACAAGGACCAGAAGGCGUACAAGGCGUCACCCGAAGCGCACUGGCGCGGCGAGGCACCGCUCGACCUCAACGGCGCCGUCGUAGAGGUCGCCGCCAACUACACUAAGAAGAAGCAUGUGUUCCGUCUUAGACUGGGCAGCGGCGCGGAGUUCCUGCUGCAGGCGCACGACGAGGCGGAGAUGUCGUGGUGGCUGGAGGCGCUGCGCGCGCGCACGGCCGCGCCCGCGCCGCGCUCGCACACGCUGCCCGCGCCGCACAACGCCGAGCCCAAGCGACGCUCCUUCUUCACGCUCAAGAAAAACUAACCAGUUGAGGAGCGUGGCGAGGCGGCGCAAGUUUCCUCAGUACGCGGCGGCGCCCGGGUGUCUGGGCGCCGCGCAUUUCUCACGACGCUUGCAGCUGUAAGCUUUGCUAAUGACGAAAUAUGUCGACUCGCGGCACUAUCCACCGUCGACCGUUCAAUGUUAUUAUUAUUAUUUUUUGUUGCGUACGAAACGUUAUUUGAGACUGUUCGGUAUCUGAGUGUUCGAUCGUUCGCCCUCGUAAACCGUAUUUAUUGUUCGAUAUUCGUAUCGAAGAUUGAAGAUAUUAUAGUAGAUUUUAUCCAGGUAUGUACGAUCCCACCCCUCGAAAGUGUAAUUGUUAUGAUAUGAAACGAUUAUGAUUAAAUGAAAUAAAUACAUAUUAUUAUUAUAAAAUUCUAAAUGCGUCGCUAUUUAUACAUAGAUGAUUUAGUGUUUAAAUUCAGAUUGAGAAUAUAUAUAUUUUAAUUAUUUAUAUUUAAAAGAUAUGAAGCUAGUGUAAUGUAAAUUCAGUUGAACUAGAAAUGUAUGUCGUGCGAUUUAUUAAAGAUUCAAUUUAAAUGAUUAAAAAGUUUUAAACUAUUAUUGACCAAUGUAAAACCAAUUGACGGAAUUUGACUAUCGCAUUUGAUAAUGUUUAACUUAGCUAAGACGGAUGAUUGUAACCGCAUUUACAUUCAAUAGACGAUUUCCCAGUGGAUUGACGUUAUACUAAUAAAUUACAUCGUGAGCUUUGCUUCGUCGGAGCAUCGCGCGAUAACAUAACGUAAGCUACGUACAUAAAUUGUAUUAGAUGUAAUUUGAUUAUAAAGUGUCUUCUCCCGGCGCGGGGUCGCCGCGGUCCGCCAGCUGAAGCCGCAUUUAUAAUAAUUAUCAGAUUUCUUGUUAGUCGGCCGUCGCUAGAGGCGGCCGAGUAGACGAUAGUAUAGUACAGCGUAGCGCGGCGGGCGGCGGCGGCCCGCGCCAUUAGUAUCCAACUUGUAAGUAUGCUUGAUCGCCUCAUAAGUGCUUCUAUAAAAUGACGUAUUUCUAUUAAACAUUCAUUUUGUAAUAAUUAUUUUUACUGCCAAUUUUCACAAAUUGUUAAUUUUUAUAAGUAAUAUAACAAAAUUUCACAUUUCAUAAUAUUACGUACACACAUUUUUAGUUCUAAUCGUGUUACGGUUAUUGUAUAUUUGGCGAGUGUGGCGGUGGCGAUGCUGUGUGUCGCCCUCUACUGCCACACUGAUCACUGCAUGUUUCGUAAACCUAUGUUUAUACUUAUUUUAUUUUAAAGAACUUCUUUAUUGAUGAGAAUAUAAAAUAAAUGAUGUUUUCAAAUAC